UUUUCAUUCUAGUCUGGCAACCGUAGCCGUGUACAGACCCACCGCGUUACCACGCGCGCGCGCCGGCGGCGGAGCAGGCCUCGCCGCCGGAACCAACCCCUGCCCCCAACCUCCACUCUCCCGCGCGUGUAACAUCAGACCGUGGAGGGCUCCCGGGAGUCACUCACUCCAUCUCUCGCUCGCGCGUCCGCCCCCGAAACCCCUGUUCUGGUCAACACCUCGUCGGAGACCGCAGCGAUGUCGGCCGCGGCGGGGACGCCAGCGGAAGGCGGAGGGGAUCGGCCGUGGCAGUCUUACCAUACCGCGUACACCAACGCCAAAGCUGGAAUGGAGGGAGUUGACAAAGAGAAGGUGCAGAAGGUAAUCUAUGAAAUGAGUAAGGGUUCAAAGUAUUUUGAAAAUGAGCAGAGGAAGGAGGCAUUGACCAAACAAAAGAUUGAAUAUCUCCGUGCACAGUGUGCAACACUGACUGAUAAUGACAUAUCACAUUUUCAGAAGGUUGCUGAAAAGAAAAUGUUGGAGUUGGAGGCUUCACGGGAUCUUUCAAAGAUAUGGCUUCACACUGACAUGGAUGCCUUUUAUGCUGCUGUUGAGACAUUGGAGGAUCCAUCCUUGAAGGGAAAACCAUUAGCAGUUGGUAGUAUGUCUAUGAUAGCUACUGCCAGUUAUGAGGCACGAAAAUUUGGUGUUCGUGCAGCAAUGCCUGGUUUUAUUGGAUGUAAACUAUGUCCUGGCUUGGUUUUUGUCCGGCCAAAUUUUGAGAGGUACACUCAUUAUAGUGAGCUGACAAGAAAAGUUUUCCAGAGAUACGAUCCCAGCUUCAUUGCAACAAGUCUAGAUGAAGCAUACCUCAAUAUAACAAAUGUCUGCAUUGAGAGAGGCAUUACAGGAGAGGAGGUUGCUACUGAACUUAGGGCUGCCAUUCAUCAGGAAACUGGUCUAACAUGUAGUGCUGGGGUUGCUCCAAACCGCAUGAUUGCAAAGGUUUGUUCUGAUAUUAACAAGCCCAAUGGACAGUUUAUUUUGCCAAAUGACCGGGAAGCUGUAUUGACAUUUGUAUCUACAUUGCCUAUAAGAAAGAUAGGUGGCAUAGGUAAGGUGACUGAGCAGAUGUUAUGUCAGGUUCUCGGAAUCAGUACAUGUCAGGAGAUGCUGCAAAAGGCUGCUUUCUUAUGUGCUCUUUUUUCUGAAGGCUCAGCUGAUUUCUUUCUUUCGGUUGGUCUUGGAUUAGGAGGUACAGAAACUCCAGAGCAAAGGCAAAGGAAAAGUAUAAGCUGUGAGCGAACUUUCACAGCAACAAGUGAUUCUUCUUUGCUUUUCGACAAAUUAGCUAACCUCGCUGAAAACUUAACGGAUGAUUUGCAAAAGGAGGGUUUGAAGGGGAAGACACUAACACUCAAACUAAAGACUGCAGAUUUUGAGGUUCGAACAAGAGCAGUAACUACACGAGGAUACAUCAACUCCAAGGAAGACAUCCUGAUCUAUGCUACGAAGUUGCUUAAGGCUGAAAUGCCUCUUUCUUUGAGAUUGAUGGGGUUGCGGAUGUCUCAGCUUCAUGAUGAGAAGGAUGAUUCAUCUACUUCAACACAAAAGACGCUAGAUAUAUUUUUUCGCUCAUCAGGCAAUGACUUAAAUGUCAAUGGAGCAAAUGUUCAGAGUAGCACUAAUACCUCAGGGCAGGAUAUUAGUCCUAUUAGUGUGACAACCAAGGAUGAGUACUUGGUACAUGAUGCUGGAACUAGUGCGUCGACAGAUCAACAGGAUUUCUUUGUGCACGAUGAGAGCAUUUUCAUUCCAGAACAAAGGAAUUUAGUCAGUUACAGUAAUGAGGCUGUCUUAAGCAACCCAGUUAUUGAUGAUGCCUUAGGUGAAGCAAAGCUAGAUGAUGUCACUCCCAGUGCAAAGGUUAUGAAUGCUGAGAAGUUUGAUGAUGUUUGCCAGUUGACCAGUCAUGAAGCUACAGCUUCAUCAAGUAAACCUGGUCAGCAGUUAUGGAUUGAUGACUACGUUUGCUCUAUUUGUGGGUUUGAACUACCUCCAGGAUUUGAGGAGGAGAGGCAAGAACAUUCGGAUUUUCAUUUGGCUGAAUCGCUACAGCAUGAAGAAACAGUGGAUAGUAAAAGACCCAUUUCUAACGAGAGGCUCGCUGAAAGAUCAUGCUCUACUACACCCACACCCAAGAAAAAGCUGAAGUCUUCCAAAGAAGGAAAACAUAUUCCUAUUGAUGCCUUUUUUGCAAAGUGCAAUAAGAACUUGUUAGAGAAAAGAAAUGGUAACAAAAUAUCCGGGUUCAAUCAAUCUCAUUCCUUGGGCGGAUCCCGGGGGCGACCAAAAGCGUGUACCUGUCAGUCCGUUUCACUCCCAGUUCCUAUUGUACACGUGGUGAGAAGAGUCAGCUCGCAGACACAAGCCGGCGAGGUCUCCCAACACAACGGAGAGGGGAAGGCAGUAGUGAUGCAAGGCAGCGUCCACGCUCGGCCGGGACCCCUCCCCCGAAUUCCCUUCCUCCCCGUCCCCGGCGGCCGUGUCCCAUGGCCGCGGUCGGGGCUAGGGGCCGCGCUGCGCCGGCCCAGGAACCGCCUCCGCUUCGGGCCCCUCGCCGCCGACGACCUCUGCAAGCGAGCCCACCGUGAGAAGCUACGUUUUGCUGUCCUUGUGUCGAAAUCCACACUGCAGAGUGAACAUGGUGUUUCACUUCAGACUCAGUAUUCUCUUUCUGAAGGUGUCAAAGCUGCUGGGUUUCAGAUUUCUGCCGAUGAACUGGCAUCAAUUGUCGAAAGUCGUGACACUAAAAAGUUGGCUGUGCAUGGCCAAUUGGAUGGAAUUGCAGACAAGUUGGCAACAUCGUUGACGUAUGGGAUUAAUACAGCUGAGUACAGCCUAAAUCAAAGGCAGGACAUAUACGGAGUGAACAAGUUCACAGAGAGUGAAGCCCGCAGCUUAUGGGAGUUUGUGUGGGAAGCACUGCAAGAUACCACUCUUGUAAUUCUUAUAGCAUGUGCCCUCGUAUCUUUUGUUGUUGGCAUUGCCACGGAAGGAUGGCCAAAAGGUGCGCAUGAUGGCAUUGGAAUCAUUACAAGUAUCCUCCUGGUUGUUUCUGUUACUGCAACAAGUAACUAUCAGCAGUCUUUGCAAUUCAGGGAUCUGGACAAAGAGAAAAGGAAAAUUUUUGUUCAAGUUACAAGAAACAGCCUCAGACAAAGGAUGUUGAUAGAUGAUCUUCUUCCUGGUGAUGUUGUCCACCUAGCAGUUGGAGAUCAGGUUCCUGCAGAUGGCCUCUUUAUAUCUGGGUAUUCAGUAUUGAUCAAUGAGUCCAGCCUAACUGGGGAGAGUGAACCUGUUUUCGUAAAUGAAGAUAACCCUUUUCUUCUGUCAGGGACCAAAGUUCUAGACGGUUCAUGCAAAAUGUUGGUUACUGCAGUAGGGAUGCGAACACAGUGGGGUAAACUAAUGGCUGCCAUCACUGAAAGUGGGGAUGAUGAAACUCCACUACAGGUCAAACUAAAUGGAGUUGCAACUAUUAUCGGAAAUAUUGGUCUAUUUUUUGCCCUCUUGACUUUCGUUGUCCUCUCACAAGGGUUAGUUGCCCAGAAAUACCUUGAUUGUCUUCUUUUAAGCUGGUCUGGAGAUGAUGUGCUGGAGAUAUUGCAACAUUUUGCGGUUGCAGUUACAAUCAUUGUUGUUGCUGUCCCCGAGGGAUUGCCUUUAGCAGUCACAUUGAGCCUUGCAUUUGCAAUGAAGAAGAUGAUGAACGACAAGGCAUUGGUCCGACAAUUAGCUGCCUGUGAAACUAUGGGCUCAGCCACUAUCAUUUGCAGUGACAAGACCGGAACACUAACAACCAAUCGCAUGUCUGUCGUGAAGGCCUGCAUCUGCGGGAACACCAUGGAAGUGAACAAUCCACCGGCACCUUCUAACUUUUCUUCCAAACUCCCAGAAGCUGCUUUGGAAAUUCUUCUGGAAUCUAUUUUUAACAACACUGCGGGUGAAGUGGUGAUUAACCAAGAUGGGCACCGUCAAAUAUUAGGGACCCCAACUGAGGUGGCUUUGUUGGACUUUGCAUUGUUAAUAGGUGGAGACUUUAAAGAAAUGCGGCAGCAAAACAAGAUUGUUAAGGUGGACCCUUUUAAUUCAACAAAAAAGAGGAUGAGCAUUGUUCUUGAGCUUCCUGGAGGAGGAUACCGUGCACAUUGUAAAGGUGCUUCAGAAGUAGUCUUGGCUGCCUGUGAUAAAUUCAUAGAUGCCAGAGGUAGUAUUGUUGCCCUCGAUAACACAACUACAAACAAACUCAAUGGUAUCAUUGAAACCUUUUCUAAAGAAGCACUUAGGACACUCUGCCUAGCUUAUAAGGAAAUGGAUGGUGGCUUUUCCAUGGAUGAGCAAACACCGUUACAAGGAUACACAUGCAUUGCUAUUGUUGGUAUCAAAGAUCCUGUUCGUCCGGGCGUCAGGCAGUCUGUGGCAACCUGCCGGUCUGCUGGCAUUGAGGUUCGAAUGAUUACUGGUGACAACAUAAAUACAGCAAAGGCAAUUGCUCGUGAAUGCGGUAUACUUACUGAGGAUGGUCUUGCCAUUGAAGGUGCUGAGUUCAGAGAGAAAAAUCCUAAAGAACUCCUUGAGUUGAUUCCAAAGAUUCAGGUACUGGCCCGAUCUUCACCACUUGACAAACUUACACUUGUGAAACACUUGCGCACCACAUUUAAUGAGGUUGUUGCUGUGACUGGUGAUGGUACAAAUGAUGCGCCUGCACUACGCGAGGCAGAUAUUGGACUUGCCAUGGGAAUUGCAGGGACUGAGGUGGCAAAAGAGAGCGCUGAUGUUGUGAUUCUGGACGAUAACUUCUCCACCAUCGUAACGGUUGCAAAAUGGGGACGCUCUGUUUAUGUCAACAUCCAAAAGUUUGUGCAGUUUCAGCUGACUGUUAAUGUUGUUGCAUUGCUAGUUAACUUCUGUUCUGCGUGCUUUACAGGAGAUGCUCCAUUGACAGCUGUUCAACUUCUUUGGGUUAACAUGAUUAUGGAUACCCUAGGAGCACUCGCGCUUGCCACUGAACCACCUGAUGAUAACUUAAUGAAAAAAGCACCGGUUGGAAGGGCAGGGAAAUUCAUCACAAAAGUAAUGUGGAGGAAUAUUUUAGGUCAGUCAAUAUUCCAAUUUGCGGUCAUGUGGUAUCUACAAACUCAAGGGAAGUACCUUUUUGGGCUUGAAGGCUCAGACAGUGAUAUUGUCCUCAAUACAAUCAUAUUCAACACUUUUGUCUUCUGCCAGGUGUUCAAUGAGAUAAGCUCGAGGGACAUGGACGAGAUCAACGUUCUCAAGGGCCUUCCAGAUAACUCUAUUUUCAUGGCCAUCCUCGCUGGCACCGUCAUCUUCCAGUUCAUCAUUGUCCAGUUCCUAGGAGAUUUUGCCGACACCACGCCUCUCACCCAGCAUCAGUGGCUUGUCAGCGUUCUCUUUGGCCUCCUUGGGAUGCCCAUUGCUGCUGCCAUCAAACUGAUUCCCAUAGAACCGCGUGAAGAAGCGUAAUAAUACAGGUUCACCAUUUCCCAAAUAUGGUUAGAUGAUCCGCACUCCCAGUGAUAUAUUCUUCCUGGAGCUGAUGCAUGAGAAUAGAAGCACUGACCCAAGGUUGACAGCAAAUUGCAAAGAAACAUUUGGAUUGGGUGCAACAGAUACUGUGUUCCCUUGGUUUUUCUCCACCAGGAUGAGGACCCACGAGUCUAGGGCUGGUGCUCAAACAUAUAGCAGAAUUUAUGUUUAAUUUAACUGUACAGUUAUUUUUCCCCUUGGAAAUAGUUCCUUUGUAUGCUGCUGGCCAUUUGGUAAUUUGAAAUGGCAUGUAGUGUAGGUUACAGUAAUUUGAAAUGUACCUGUGUCAAUUGUAAGUCGAUUGUAGAUUGAAUGGAACAAUGGUUAUAUCACUAGCAUAGUUCA